CAUACACACACACACACACUGUAGUGUAGUGUAUCUCGAUUUUCUCGUUUUGGGUUGUUACGGAGUCGCCGCCGUUUCUUUUUCUCUCUGCCCUGCUCUUUCUCGUGAUUGACAACGGCAAAAGAAGAAAAGCAUUGGGUUAAACCUUGUCCUAUCUGAAUGCCUGUUUUUCCCGUACCCGUUGCGAAACUCUAGCAUCUGAGCGUUUGGAGCAGCGCAGAAGAGAUUGGGAAGUGGAGGGUGGUGUUCUGAUUCUCCUAGUUUUCGGUUAGAAAUGGAGGGGGAGAGGGAAACUUUACGCAAGAAAAUAACGAUAGGAGUGUGUGUUAUGGAAAAGAAGGUGAAAUGCGGCUCCGAGGCUUUCUCCGGACCAAUGUUGCAGAUUUUGGACAGGCUACAGGCGUUUGGAGAGUUUGAUAUUGUGCAUUUUGGGGACAAGGUAAUCCUAGAAGAGCCUAUUGAAAGAUGGCCUGUAUGUGACUGCUUGAUUGCUUUUUAUUCCACUGGAUAUCCUCUGAAUAAGGCUGAAGCAUAUGCUGCAUUAAGGAAGCCCUUCCUUGUAAAUGAACUGGGGCAACAACAUCUUCUUCAUGAUCGAAGAGCAGUUUAUGAGCGUCUUGAAAGGUUUGGAAUUGCUGUUCCAAAAUAUGCCCUGGUUAACAGGGAAUACCCUAAUCAAGAGCUGGAUUAUUUUGUUGAGGAGGAAGAUUUUGUUGAAGUCCGUGGCAACCGCUUCUGGAAGCCUUUUGUAGAGAAGCCUGUUCAUGGUGAUGACCACAGUAUAAUGAUAUAUUACCCUAGUUCAGCUGGUGGGGGGAUGAAGGAGUUGUUCCGGAAGGUUGGUAAUCGCUCGAGUGAAUUUCAUCCAGAGGUCAGAAGAGUUAGACGUGAAGGGUCUUAUAUAUAUGAGGAAUUUAUGCCCACUGGAGGAACAGAUGUGAAGGUGUAUACAGUUGGCCCUGAAUAUGCUCAUGCAGAGGCAAGAAAAUCUCCUGUGGUCGAUGGUGUUGUUAUGAGAAACCCUGAUGGUAAAGAAGUCAGAUAUCCUGUUCUGCUUACUCCUAUGGAGAAGGAAAUGGCGAGAGAGGUUUGCAUUGCAUUUAGGCAAGCUGUUUGUGGCUUUGAUCUAUUGCGUUGCGAGGGACGUUCCUAUGUUUGUGAUGUCAAUGGGUGGAGCUUUGUUAAGAAUUCUUACAAAUAUUAUGAUGAUGCUGCUUGUGUUUUGAGGAAAAUGUUUCUUGAAGCAAAAGCACCAUAUCUUUCUUCAACAAUUCCACCAAAUUUACCUUGGAAGGUGAAUGAGCCAGUUCAGCCAUCUGAAGGACUAACACGUCAGGGAAGUGGGAUAAUUGGGACAUUUGGGCAAUCUGAAGAGCUACGUUGUGUAAUUGCCAUUAUUCGGCAUGGUGAUAGAACUCCAAAACAGAAAGUGAAGUUAAAAGUUACUGAGGAAAAGCUUUUGAAUUUGAUGUUAAAAUAUAAUGGGGGACGACCUAGAGCAGAGACGAAGCUGAAAAGUGCCGUUCAGUUGCAAGAUCUUUUGGAUGCAACAAGGAUUUUAGUACCUCGUACUAGACCUGGUCGAGAAAGUGAUAGUGAAGCUGAAGACGUCGAGCAUGCUGAAAAGCUUCGUCAAGUGAAAGCAGUGCUUGAAGAGGGGGGGCAUUUCUCUGGUAUUUAUAGGAAGGUUCAACUUAAGCCAUUAAAGUGGGUCAAAGUUGCAAAAGAUAAUGGUGAAGGAGAAGAAGAAAGACCUGUUGAGGCACUGAUGAUUCUUAAAUAUGGUGGUGUUCUUACUCAUGCUGGCAGAAAGCAGGCUGAAGAACUGGGGAGGUAUUUUCGGAACAAUAUGUAUCCAGGUGAAGGUACUGGCCUGCUUCGCCUCCACAGCACCUAUCGUCAUGACUUAAAAAUAUACAGCUCGGAUGAAGGACGCGUACAGAUGUCAGCAGCUGCUUUUGCAAAAGGCCUUCUGGAUUUGGAAGGACAAUUGACACCUAUCCUGGUUUCGCUCGUCAGCAAGGACUCUUCCAUGUUGGAUGGACUUGAAAAUGCCAGUACUAAGAUGGAAGAAGCCAAGGCCAGGCUUAAUGAGAUUAUAACUUCUGGAACAAAAACUGUUCAUAACAAUGGCCAGCCAGAAAAGCCUUGGAUGGUAGAUGGGGCUGGAGUUCCUCCAAAUGCACCUGAACUUCUACCCGAAUUGGUGAAGUUAACAAAGAAGGUUACCGAGCAAGUAAGACUUCUGGCCAAGGACGAAAUUGAGGAGCUUGCAAAGACAAGCCCCUAUGAUUUAAUUCCUCCAUAUGAUCAAGCUAAGGCACUUGGUAAGACAAACAUAGAUGUUGACCGUAUUGCUGCAGGGUUACCUUGCGGUAGUGAGGGAUUUCUUCUCAUGUUUGCUCGGUGGAGAAAACUUGAGAGGGAUCUGUAUAAUGAGCGCAAAGAGAGAUUCGAUAUAACACAAAUUCCUGAUGUUUAUGACUCUUGCAAAUAUGAUCUCUUGCACAAUGCACAUCUAAAUCUUAAAGGCUUAGAUGAACUUUUCAAAGUAGCACAGUUACUUGCAGAUGGUGUUAUUCCGAAUGAGUACGGAAUCAAUCCCUGGCAGAAACUGAAGAUUGGAUCAAAGAUUGCUCGCCGUUUAUUGGGCAAAAUUUUGAUUGAUCUGAGAAAUACGCGUGAAGAAGCAUUAAGCGUUGCAGAAUUGAAAAGCAACCAGGAUAAUAAUUCAGCAGUCCAGAACAAUGGAAAAGAAGAUACAGAUUAUCAUUCCAAGUCCCAGAGUAAGGUUGAAUACACAAGAAAAGGUGGUUGUACUGGUGAAAAGUCAAUGGAUCAAGAUGAUGACGAUGACAAAGAAACUAAAUACCGCUUGGAUCCAAAGUAUGCAAAUGUAAAAACACCAGAGCGACAUGUGCGAACACGGCUAUACUUUACAUCAGAAUCACAUAUCCAUUCCUUGAUGAAUGUUCUUCGUUACUGCAACCUGGACGAAUCUCUUCAAGGAGAAGCUAGCCUUGUAUCUGAUAAUGCUUCAGAGCGCUUGUGCAGGACAAGGGAGCUUGAUUAUAUGAGUUACAUUGUAUUGAGGUUAUUUGAGGACACAGAGGUGGCUUUGGAAGAUCCUAAAAGAUUUCGCAUAGAGAUGACUUUUAGCCGAGGUGCAGAUUUAUCCCCUUUGGAGGGAAAUGAUAGCGAGGCAGCUUCAUUGCAUCAAGAGCACACGUUGCCGAUAAUGGGUCCUGAAAGGCUUCAAGAAGUGGGAUCACAUUUGACGUUAGAGAUGAUGGAGAAGAUGAUUCGUCCAUUCGCCAUGCCAGCUGAAGACUUCCCUCCUCCCACAAUUCCUCAGGGAUUCUCUGGCUACUUCUCUAAAAGUGCAGCUGUUUUAGAACGCCUAGUCAAUCUUUGGCCUUUUAACAAGCACAGAAACACUAACUCCGACUAGUAAGUAACUUCAAAUUAUUCUUCCUCUACUUGCAGUCUACCUUUCGGUCAUUCGAGUCAGCAGUGGAUUUUCUUCAAAUUUUUGGACCAACCUAAAAGAACCAGCCUUUCCUCACUACAAUUUGUUCUUACUCAUUCAUUUUUACUGUAUAUAUAUACUAGUUAGGUGUCAAUAUGUUUUUGCUUUCCUAGAUUGCCAAAAACUUUUCCUGUUGACAUUUUGUUCCAUUUCUGAACUCACUCGAAACUUCACAAUUUUUUUGUGGGUUUGCCACACUUGGCCAGUCCCCUUCAAUUUCAUCUGUGCUGUCUGGCAGGGACCUGAAAACGAAUCCUGUCCAUUUAUCAUUAUUAUUACUUAA